UCUGAGUUUAGAGCUUGUUUUGACAAAAUGUGCACAUCAGUUUUGUGGUUUUUGUGUGCGAGCUUGCUGCUCGGCCCCUCUCUGAGCUGCUACCAGUGCUUCGUUGACGUGGGAGACAGUCUGCGCCUUUGCUGGGGUCACGUCUUGACUGAAUACGACGUUAGAAAUGUUGACGCCUGCUUCAGCACGCUGGAUCGGAUAUUCAACGACGAGAGGGUGACGGCGGCCGGGAGAGUAGGUAAAGGCUAUGACAGCCAGCUGAAGGAAAUUCUGGAUGCAGAGAUCCUGCCGCUGGUGGAAGAAUUUGAAAAUAUGCUGAAUAAAGACACCGUGUAUGAGCAAAGGUUGCAGACAGCAGCAGACAAUUUCAUUGCAGCUGCUUCCAAACUGCCUAGAGUUUCUGGAUGUUUCCCUCCAUGCGGUUUUCAGAGCGCAGGUGCAGAAUACAACUGCAUAACUUGCCAGUACGACUCCUGCGAAUUCCCUCUCGACUGUCCAGUGGAAGAAAUUAAAGUAACGGAGAACAGCGGGAGCAGAAUGCGGUGCGACGUGCCGUUUGGCUUGCCAAAUGACAUCGAAGUGAUCUGGAGGUUUGCAGAGGAGGUGAAAACCCAGCAAAUGGAUCAGUUUAAAGAAGUGACUGUGGGGGUGGACAGGCUCUAUUCCAUCCCAUCAACCAGCCCGCAGCAUCAGGGCACCUACCAGUGUGAGAUAUACUCAGGCCAACGCUCCAUUGUCAGAGUGUAUUUCUAUAUCGCAGUGACCCCCCAGGUAGUAGCAGGCCACACAGAGCUGCAGGAGAUAUUUGACCUGUCUCUGCUCCCAGGAGGCCAGUUGCUCCCCGCGCCGGGUGGAUCUCCCCGCUCCUCCUCCCUCCUCCUCCUGAUCCUUCUCACCGCCUGUUUAACUGCUUCACUGCUGCUGCUGCUCCUCUCUCUGGGAGCGUUGUAUUGGUCCUCAGUGCCAGAGCGAACAGAAAGAGGUGACGAUCUAGGAUUUUGAGAAUUGAGAAGGUCCGUUUUGUGCAUUAAAGGCAUUUCACCCUGC